AAAACAACGCACGAAGAAGCAAUGCAAAAUGCGACAGCUGGGGAUUAGUGCGAGCUGAGGCUCGGCUUCGUCGCGUCAAGAACAAAUGCCUAUGGCCGCCCCAACCAGCUCUGGUGACUAUAUCGCAAAUGUUAUCGUGGUCGGAGCAGGCCCAGCAGGCCUGUGUGCGCUGAACGCAUUCCGGGCUGCGGGUUUCAACACCGUUUGCUUUGAGGCGUCGCCUGGUGUCGGUGGCUGGGCUCUCAACAAUGAAGGUAGUCUACAAGGCUGCGAUUCAAGCGCACUGCAAUUUAACGAUGCCGCAUUCGCAGUCGCGCUGCCUCUUGCCCCGACAGCUCAGCACGUUCGCUCCUACCUGGCCGCCUACGCAGCCUUCCACAAUCUCCUAGACAAUGUGCGGUGCAGCUGCCGGGUCACACACGUGGAGCCGCUGCUCGCGGUGGGCACCUCGCCGGUGCCAACCGCGCCGCCACAGGAGCUCUCAUCCGAUGCUCCACGCCGCGCACUCUCGGACGUCAUCCCGUCCGACGCCGAUCCCCCUCCGGUACCCGCCGCGGACUGUUACGCGGACGCGACCGUGGCCACCGCCUCUGCAGCGGCGGGUGCGGCAGCGGCAAUCCCCCAGGUGCCCGCUCCUCGCAGGAAGCGGACGCUGGACGGCAUGGACGGCUUGGCGGCGGAUGGCGGUGGCAACGGCGGCAGCAUGGCACAUCAGCAGCAGCGUUGGCUGGUCACGUAUGAAGACGGAAGCAGGGGCGCGCGGGGGCGCAUGCAGACGAUGCUCGCGGACUUUGUGGUGCUGGCGGUUGGGCCGGCGGGCGGGCGGCACGACGCAGCUGCGUUGCGUUCGCUUCUGGCGCAGGCCGGCGUUGAGUCGGAGGACUGCAGCAGGAGCUCCGGCGCAAGUAGUCAUCAACAGCUACAGCAGUCCCAACCGCCGCGGCUACUGCACGCGCGGGAGGUGGCCUCGGCCUCGUGGCUGCAGCGCGACGGCUGCCGCUCCGUCACCGUGCUCGGAGAAGGUUCUUCAGCAACGGACGCGGCCGCAGCGGUGGCUUUGCUGCGUCAUGGCCAGGGCGUGCGGCUGGUCAAUCCUCUACAUCUAAUGUCCCACGCACUGGGCCCGGCGCCUUGCAAGGACGCUGGCAACACCCUACCAGGCACCCUCGGCAGCCAAGAGCUUAUGUCCUCCGCCCGGCGUCGCGCGCUGGCCGCCUCGCUGCAGCCGCACUACACCGCGCCGCAGCCCGGGCCGCUGGGCAAGGCGCUGCGGGCGCCCGCCAAGCGCCGCUUCUGGGCGCUCGUCAAGGACAAGCUCGCUUUGGGGCGCGGAGGUAGAGGCAGUAGCAGUGGCAGUAGCAGCGGCGGCACGGGGGAGCACCUGGUGCUGUGGGCGCCCAGCCUGCAUGACCCCCGCUUCAUGCCGUUCCUGAGCGCACCGCUACGCCAGGCACUGCUGGGUGGUGCGGGCGGGGCCGAGGGAGAUGGCGACAUGGUUCUGUACCGCGGUAUGGUUCACCCGGACGUGCCUGGCCUGGCGUUCAUGGGCCUGGAGGCUCACGCCGGCAGCAGCCUGCUGCUGCUGGAGCUGCAGGCGCAGUGGCUGGCGGCGCACCUUGCCGGUCGGCUGGCACUGCCGCCGGGUGCCGCCAUGCGCGCUGACGUGGCGGCCCAGCGUGUGUGGCGGUCCGGCGCGCUGGCGCACCCGCUCAUGUCAGUGGGCGGCUCGCUGGCGCGGAGGCACGAGCAGUGGGCGGUGCAGCAGCUGCUGAAAGACCUUCACGGCGUCGUUGCUGUUGAGAAAAGGCCUGUGCUAGCAGCCGACAGCGUCUUCACGGAUGCGCUGGUGGCUGCCGACUUUGAUGCGACCAUGGAUCGACCGGCCAAGAAGCGCGGCUCCCAUGCCGACUGCGAAGUGACCACCGCAGCGCCGGCACCCGAGGGCGAGACCGCGAAGGACGCGGAGCUGGCAACUGUGCCACCCAGUGCCGCUGCGGCCAUGUCGGUGGUGGGUGCCAGAGCCGCCGCUGCGGUGGCGGGUGCUGGCAACCGCUCCCCUACGGCCCUGCGGCGCGUGAGCCACCUGAUUCUUGAGGAUGAGCAGGGAGAGGCGGGCGACGCCUGCCCAUCAGACCUUCUGCCCCGGCGAACCCACGAUGGAUGCCAUAGCGGCACGGGCAGCGUGCGGCGGCCGCCGACGCGCCGCGCCACCAACGACUCGGCCAUGCUGCAGCUGCAGCAGCAGCAGUCCGCACUGCGGCGGGCGCCGCCGCGGCGCUCGACGGUGGGGUCGCUGAUGCUGCCGGGCCAGGGCGGUGCGGCGUCCGCCCUCAGGUCAGCCCACACGGCGACGUCAGGCAGCAGCGGCGCGGACUACCGCAUGGUGUUGUCCGUCACCUCGCCCUACAUGGCGCCGUACCUGCACGAGAAGCUGCGCCGCGCCAGCUACGCGGCCUACUCCGCCGGGCAACGCGGCGGUGCCGGCACAGGCGGCAUUGGCACGGCGGAGGCGGAGGCCGGCUUGCUGCCCGAAGCCGCGUCUGCAGCCGCCGCCGCUGCGUCCGCGGCGACCGCCAGGUCUGACGACUAUGCAUUGGAGUCUGUGUUCACAGUGGCCGCCGCUGACGCGGCUUCCGCCAUGGCGCGCCUCCGGACCGGCCACCUUGGCAGCAUCACGGAAGGCGGGCCGCCCCAGCCAGUGGCGCCCCAUCUUGUCGGCGAGCAGCUGUCAUCCGCCAUGACGGCGGCGCCGCCACCCCGGCGGCGUGCGCUGCACGGCAUGUACGGCGACAGCCUCAGCGGCGGCCUGGCGGCGAGCGGCACGUACGGCGGCGCCGGCGUCUUCAAUGCACGGCAGUACAGUGAGCCGUACACUAACGGCGCGGCCCAGGCGGCCUCCUUCGGCGCCGCCAUCCCUGCUCACGCGAGCGCCAUCACCGGCAUCGGUCAUUCCGCCGCCCAGUCAGGGCGCGCCGCUUCUGGGGGCAUGGAUGCCGCGCGCGGCCCAACUGCCGCCGGCUUCGGACCGGCCGGAACCGUGUUCGGUGCCACGCCGUCACAGAUGCUGUCAGGCCCCGGCUUUGGCCUCAGCAGCCGCAACGUAAACGUGUCGACGGGCGGCCACCAAGCCUACAUCACCCGGAGGUCCUCCUCCUCCCUGGCGUCCUCCCUGAGCAUCCAGCAUCACAUGGCACACGCGGCGCUCGCCCAAGCAGUGGCGGCAGGGAUGGCGGGCCCAUGCACAUCCAACCCGGGAGGCAGCCGUGGUGGCACAUUUACUGGCGCCACCUCGGGCGGCCCAUCACCAGCGGCUGCAAGCGCCGUCCCCACCAGCACCUCCCACGCCGCCUACGGAGGGAAUGGCAGCAUCCGGCCCCGUCGCGGCAGCAGCAGCGGCGGCCCGCUUGGGCCUGGCAUGGGCGGUUUCAGCGGUUUCAUAGCUCGCCUCAGCUCUAGGCACUCAAUCAGCAACACCAACACAGCGGCAGCCAUCGCCAGCCCGCUGCCAGCCGCCGGAAGCGCUGAGCUCUCCUCGCCGCCGCUGCUGCAGCUCCAGCCGCAGCCGCAGCAAGGGGCGCCGCAACUGCCUUCAGCCGCGCUCAACCGGCGCCUCAGCAGCUUUGGCGGCGUCGCGGGCGCAGGCGCCAGCACAGCAGCCGGCGGCGAGCAGAUGCCGUCUCAACUGCGGCGCAUGUCCCAGACCACGGGCGUUGACCUGUCCAUCCUGGUGGACCUUAUCACAGAUGAGGGCGGCAGCGGCGGCCUGCCCAUCGGCAUUUUGACCGCAACGAGCGUUGUACAUGGCGAGGCGGCGGGAUUCAGCGGCAGCAUUGCACCUGGCAGCCCCAACCAGGCACACUCGGCCUCAGCACGCGGCGGCGGCGGCCGCAGCGGCCACUGCCUGCCCGCAGCCGCCGGCCUGCACCGCCUGUCCAGCGCCGUCGUUCAGGAUCAAGGCUCCAACGCCGUCCCUGCCUUCCCAGCCGUCGCUGGCGGCCUCGAAGGCGCUGCUGGCAGCUGCCACAGCAGCGCCGGCAGCGCGGCGGCGCGCGCUGCGGCUGCUGCCGCCGCCGCGGCGGCGCUGCGCGACCCCUUCGGCGCCGCCACGUCAUCGCCUGCUGCCGCAGCCCAGCUGCUUGCCGGCCACCCGCCUAUGGGUAUGCUGCAACGAGACGUUUACCAGCACGGCGGCUUUGGCGACGACUCGAUGUCUUCUUCGGAGUACGGUGAUGCUGAGGGCGAUGUGCCGCUUGGCUUCCGCCGGGGCCACGGCCGCGACCACGAGCUGAGCCACGCCCGCCACCAGUCCUUCGACACGGCUAUCCUCCGAGACGAGUCGGGUGGCGGCGGCGGCGGCGGCACUGGCGGCGGUCCUAGCCAGCAGCCGCUGGUGGGCCUUGAGGAGCCGCAGCACCGUGGGGCGCAGCGCAGUGCAGCUGCCGUGGUUGCAGCGACGGCAGUCGACGGCAGUGACAGGGGCAGGAAGGUGCCUGCCGGUGCUGCUGUUGCCUCGGCAUCGCUGCUGGGUGUAGCGGUGUGCAACCCGACGUUUGAGUCCCAGCCCGGCGGGGUCGCGUGCGAGGUGGAGGGCAUGGCGAUUGUGGACGCUGGAGUGGAAGCUGCGUCAGCCCUGGCAGGCGGUCUUGCGAACGGCACCACGGCUGUCGGACCCGCCGCGCCGGAGGGUCUCGGUAGGACCGCUUCCGCAGCAGCGGCAGAGCCGACGCCUGCACACCUACGCUCCGCGGUCGAUGCUGCGACUGCACCUGCGGCGACUGUCCCGGCUUCCACAGGAGGCGAGGGCGAUAGCCUAGCCGCUGCCGGCGGGAUCACACGCAACGCCAUAAGCACGGCUGCGGUGCCUUUCGCUGACGGUCUUCAGAAGCAUGGCGACCCGCAGGUUGCCAACUGCCCCCAACCUGCAGCUCGACAGCCCAGUAAAUCGCAGCCAGGAGCCAGAGCGACGCCGUGCCCAUCGCCUGCACUUGCUGGUUCGCCAACUUCACUGUCGCCUCCACCGCCUGCCCCAAAGGUGUCCGACUCAGCGAAGGCCAAGAGCGCGCUGCGGUUGCUGCCGCUGUUGCCAUCAGCGCUGCUGCACUGGGGCCGCCCGCAGGAGCCUGCCCCGCAGCUUCCGUCAGAGCUAGCUCAGACGAAGCCGCAGCCGGAUCAAUACUUGCAGCAGUUUACUAGCCCAACCCAGCGUGAGCAUACGAGCCUGCAGCAGCAGUCCACCCCUAUCACGGCGGCACGCAGUCCCGCAGCCGCAGCAGUGGCCCCAGCAGCCGCCGAGCCUGACCGGCUCAGCCGAAUCUCCACCAGGCCCGCAGCGGCGCUCGCCGCGCUGUUUACUCGCCGCAGUGAGCAGUACCCGCCCUAUUCGCCACCGCCGCGUAAGCCCGCAUCGCCAGCUCCGGCGCAAUCAGCGGCCCCCACGGAGGCCGGCUCUGACAUCGCGCUUGACGUCAUGCGCAGCCAGCUGGCAGCGCUCAAGGCGCACCUGGGGAACCCGCAGCUCGUGCCCUUCCCAGCCCUGGCCUCGCCGCCGCCCUCAUCUGCUCGGUCGAUGACGGCAUCGCCGCUGGCGUCGCCUGCAGCCGGCGGCUCUCGCUUCAGCAGGGCUGGACCGGGGCUCUUUGCGGCUGGUGGUGGCAGCGCGGCGCUUCCACGUCGGUCCAGGCCUGUAGGCACCAGCGCCAACAGCAGCGCCGCCGGCCUGGAGGUCCUGCCAGAGAUCGAGGCGGCGGCGCCGCCGCCGCGCACGUCCGCCCCGGGCUCCAUGCUGAACUCCUCUAGCCACGCCAGCGCAGCGCCCGUGUUUGGGAGUACCGUCAGCGCCGCCGCCAUCAGUAGCGGCGCCGCUGGUGCUGGCGUCAGCAGCGGCAGUGGCGCCACCGCCGGCCGGCGUGCUCCGCCCCGACGCAGCGCGACCGAAUCCCAGAUCGGUAAAGGCGGCAUCGGGUCGGAGCUUCGCUCGGCUGCUCCCACCAGUGCAAUCCCGCGGAACAGCGCCGCUGGCGCCUUUGUCGCACCGCCGUCUGCCGCCGCUGCCAUGCCGGCAUCAGCCUUUGCCGCCUACUCGGCCGUCCCGGCCGACGAGCUUGCCGGCGGGGCCGCCGUUGCCGUUGCCGGUGACGUGGCGCCGCCAGUCAUCAGCCAUCAGCCGGGCCGCUUUGACCGGCUGACCCGCAACCGGUCCGUGACCAGUGUCGGCGGAGCCGCCGGCGUGCCCGCCGCCAGCAGCUUCAUGCGGCGCUCCGUGACAGCGGGAGGCGCGCGCAGCAUUACGGGCGCCGGCGUCUUCUCCGACGGCACUUCCGCCGCAUCCUCGCCUCGCGCCAACUCAGCGGCCUCGGCCAUGCCGGCCGCGGCCGCCGCGCGCGCCGCAAUCGCUCAGGCCAUGGCGGCGACGCAGGCCAUCACCAAUUCCCGCCGCAUUUACAGCCCUAUGAUGAUGGGUGCGGCUGCCAGCAGCGGGCAGGGUAGUGGCCAAGGCAGUGGCUUCAACCGCAGGUCGUGCAGCAGUGCUGGCUGGCCGGUCGCUGGAGCCUGCGGCCCGGACUCAAACAGCAUGGCCGGCUCAGCCCCAGGCACACCCCUGGCCCCCGGUCACUACGGGCGGCAAGUUCCUGCGGGCUCCCGCGCCGGCAGCACCGUGGGUAGCGCUGGCACCCGCGCCACGAGCGCAAGCCCUGCGGCGGCUGCUUGGCCCCUGGCAGCGACCUCCCCAAAGGCAUCACCGGUGAAGAAGGAAUCCGGUGCUGGCGUUGUGGCGACGGCUGCCGCCGCGCUGCUCUCCGCGCUCUCGCCUCAGCGUGGCACGCAGCCUUCGGCCCAGCAGCGCAGCCCGCUCGGUCGCAAGGCGCGCCGCCUGCUGCCGUUCGGCUGGUGGCCUGGUGGCAGCGGGGCGCAGCAGCAGGGCGGCAAGGAACGGAGCGCCGCCAGCAGCAGCGGGAGCAAGCAGAGCGCCGCCGGCAGCGAUCCGCGCUGCAGGGGUCCAUCGAUUGACGCGGACGGUGGCGAGCUGGCGCUUGUGGCGAGCGCGCCGUUGCCCGUCGCGGCGGCGACACCUCAAGGGGAGGACGCGGAGCGGUCGAGCGCAGGCAGCGCGGGGGCUGUGGGGCGCCGCGGCCAGAUUAUCGCGUCAGCCGGCAGCAAGCGCCUCAUCCAGCGGCGCAUGUCGCUGGCGAACCUGCUGGGCGGCGGCAGCAGCAACAGCAACAGCCGCGGCACGCCCGCGCCAAGCGGCAAACCUGGUGCGAACGGUGACGGCAGCGGCGGCGCACUGGGGCUGCUGGGUGAGGCAGCUGACAACGCAUUAGUCCCCUACUCCAAGCGCCUCGGCGCCGUGAGUGCCAGGUACGGCCGCAGCAGCCGCAACGCGAUGCCCGCCGCAGCAGCCGGACCUGCGGGCACCAACAGCGGCAGUGUCAUUGGGAACAGCAGCGGCAGCAUGGCGUUCCUCGCGGAGGCGGGCACUUCGGCGACGCGCUUGGCGAGCAUGGCGGGGCCGGCGACGGACCUUUUGGGCCCGCCACCACCCAGUGCGGCCCGGGCUUGGUGUGACAGCACUGCAGCUGAGCCCGCGGCAGCCAUAGGCGGCGGCGCGGACAACAGCGGCAACAGCUUUGCGUACACACACACCGGGUCGGCGCUGCCUGCGGAGCCGAAGCCGACUGCGCGAGCUCGCAUUCUGCGCCCACCGGUCGGCGGCGCCGAUGCCCAAGCUCUGGCUACCGCCGCUGCUGGAGGCGCAGUGGCGGCGCGCCCUUCCGAAGUGGCAUCAGCAGCUGCGGCGGGCGGGGAGCUGCGGGGCGCUCAUGCUAGCACCGCUGACAUUGUUGCGGCGCUUCCGCUUCUGCCCUUCGAGCCCGCGGUUCCGCAGCACCCGCGGCUGCGACCUGAGGACGCAGCCGUCGCAUGCGCUGCGGCUGGCAGCGCUGCCGCGCCGGGCGCGUUCAUUCCGAGCCCCUUCAGCACUGUGGGCGUCGUGGCUGGCAGCCUGCCCACAGCUGCAACCAGCGCUCCUGCAGCACAGUCGCCCAGGCAGCCGUCUCCGCUGCAACCGCAGGAGCAGCAGCAGCGCCUUGCUGCUGCUGUUGCAGCCACCGGGAGCCGCCUACCGGCCGCCUGCGGUCAGGUGGUGAUGGUGGUGGAGCCGGUGGAGCUGCGCGGUGGGGCUGCGCCAGCAGGGACAGCAGCAGCGGCGGCGGCGCAGGCUGCGACGGCUGACGACGUGACCGUACGUAUGCAGUACAUCUCGUUGGCAAGCGUUGUAUCCACGCCACUCGACCGCAUUCCGACGGUGGUGGAGGCGGAGGCGGGUCCAAUGGCAGUGCAAGCGGCUGCUAUGGGCGUGGGCGCCGGACCCACGGUUUCGUUGCCGGUGCCUCCCGUGGCCGCUGGCAUGCACAAACCGACUGCCGCGGGCUCGCCAGCCGCCGCGCUGCCCCUGCCCGGCGAGCAGCUGCCGCUACCUGCUUUGUCGGCUGCUCCCACCUCAUCGCCAGCUCCCGUCGCUGCUGUGCCCGCCUCGCUUGCGUCGCCCGCCCACCUGGCCAGCCCCGGCGCCCCGCCGGACGAGGACCCGCACGCAUCCUAUUUCGACCUGGACCUGAUGCUGACGCUGCGCCGGUCCACCAUCUACCGCAGCACCAGCAACGCCCUGCCCAGCCACAUCGGCGGGCUGGGCACCGCCAGGGCCUCCGGCCCGGCACACUCGCAGUCCUCCGUCAGCGGCGCGCCGAGCCCUGGCGGCGCCGCCGCAGCCGCUGCGGUAGCGGCGGCUGCCGCCGCCGCUAGCAGCGUUCAGUUCAGUAGAGGUAGCGCGGAGACGCCGUUCCCGGGGCGGCGCACGGCCGAGGGCCGGGACAGCUCGGAGGGCAAUCUGCCGGCGCACGGAGGCUCCAGGGCGGCCGCGAGGCGGCGGUCCAGCGUGGCAUCUAUCGAGGCAGACGAGGACAGCGGCCUGUUGAGGCUCCUUGAGCAGUUCAGCUCGGAGCAGCGAAACAGCCGGCAGCAGCAACAGCAGCGGCAGCAGCAGCAACAACAACAGCAGGUGCGCGGCUCACGCCCCAGCGUGGAUGCGCCGGUGGACCUGGUUCGUGCGGGAACGGCACUGUCAAGCAGCGCAACCUCGAGCACAAACGCCGGCAGUGGGGUCAACGCAGGCAGCAGCACCCUGGUGCUGGGUGCGCCGUCGGUGCCCAGCCGGCUACGGCCACCCUGGUCUCCGCCACCCACAGUGGGACCUCAACCUGGGGCGGCGACAACUAGCUCCGGCGGCGGCGGCGCCACCGCAGCGUCUGGCAGCGGGCUGACGUUCCCCAUGCCACUUGAGCCGCGCAGCCGCCGUGACGACCGGUCCUCUGCGCCAGCGGGAGGUGCCGCUGCAGCGGCGGCGGCCGCCGCUGCGUCGGCCGCUGCUUCGUUCCGGAUUUCCCAGGGGGACGCAGCCAGCGAUGCGGAGCCCGGUUACUUCGGCGUCAGCCCCAACAGUUCCUUCAUCACCUUCCAGACCGCCGCCACGCCGCCCGCCGCCAGCAGCCUCUGGUCCCAGACCACUCGGGGCUCGGCAUCGCCCUUGGUCAAGCAGCCGUCCCAACUGCAGCCCCAGCCGCCGCAGCUGCAGCCGCAUGCGCUGUCGCUGCCGCUCACGCCGCUGCCCGAGCACAUGGAGGUGCACGAAGCCGAGCCGCGCAUGACGUCCGCGGCUGCGGCGCCGCCGCCGCUGCCGCCUGCGGCGUCCGCAGCACCUGGGCCGCUACCGCAGCCUCAUUCGCUGCUCGUGCCGCCGUCCUUGCACCAAGGCCAGCUUGACUUCCGUGUGUGGCCCGGCGCGGCGCACGUAGUGGCGCAGCUGCUGCCAGCAGGAAUCGUGGUCGGCGACCCGGUCAGCCCGCCGGGCGCAGCCCUGGCCGCGCAACGUGGCGUCGGGGGCCGUGUUGGCUCUCGCACGCUACCAUCGCCGCCCUCCAGCCGUUUAUCAUGGACGGUGGGUGAGAACGUGCAAGGGGCGUCGCCAGAGGGGAGCGCCGUGACCCGGCAGCGCACGCUGGGGUCGCUGCACCGCAACUUCCCGACAGCCGCGACAUCCGCAGCGGCCACAGCUGGCGCAGCGGCGGCCGCGUUUGCGGCUGGAGCUGGGCUGGUGCAGCCGACUGACCCGGUACUGCGCAGCGUCCACAGCCUCGCCUCGCCGCCCGGGGCGGCGUCAUCAUCGGGGACCAUCGAAGUCGAGGAGGAGGAGCGCUCAACGGGACGCCUGUUUGGUCGUCGCGGCAACAGCGGACCCAUUCGCAAGGCGAUGUCGUCCGGUCUCGACGCGCCGGUCUUCAGCACCGUGCUCGGCCUGUUCGGCGUGGGCGGCGGCCUCGGCAGCGGCACCAGCCGACCCAGUCGCCGGUCUCUGUUCAACGCCGCGCCCGCCGGCGCGCAUCAGUCCUCCCCCUUCCGGGUUGCCGCAAGCUCCAGCGCCGGUGUUGCAGGCGCCGCACGCAGCCCGCGCCUGAGCAUGGGCAACCGCUCCUCCUCCGGGCAAGCAUUCACCAGCCACAGCGGUGCGCACCACGCGCAGAUUGCGGCCCUGGCUGCGGCCGUCUCCUCCCCCGGCAGCACCUACGGAGCGGUGGCUUCGACGGCAGGUGCCGCGGCGGCGGCGGCCGGGGGCAGCGGCGGCGGCGGCGGCGGCACCAACACGGGGACCGGCUACCGGCCGCGCCUGAGCUCCCCGAAUUUCACGGCUCUGGAUGAUGAGCUCCUCGCAGCAGCCAGGUGGAGUGCAGCCCGACUGGAGCAGCAGCACCAUAACCAGCAGCAGCACGGCCAGCACCACUUGCAGCAGGGCCGGCUGAGCCCUGCGUACGGUGGCGGUGCCGCUCCCCACCACCCAAGCCCGCUCAGCGCGGGCGCCAGCAGCCACCACCACCCGCCUGGCGGCGCAGGCCACUCGCCGGCGCACUCCCAGACCACCGUUGCUGCACACCCCCACGGCAACAGUCCAGCAUCGCCGCUGCUGCAGCACAGUGGCGGAGGCAACUACUUCUCCCGCAUUGCCAGCGCCCGCCGCAGCGGCGCCUGCAGCUCGGCAUCGCUCACGCCCGCGGGCAGCAUGGGCCUCGGCCCGCCUUCUGCUGCUCUUGGCAGUCCUCCGGCUGGCCAACAAGCAGCCGAAGGCCUGGGAGAGACGAUGGCGCCUGAGCGCAGCAUGUGCGUCAUCUCCGGCGGCGUCCUGGUUGUGCGCGGCAGUAGCUGCGGCCCCAUCGGCCUGGCUGCAGCAGCUGGCGGCGAUAGCCUCCCGGAGGGAGGCGGCAGCGGCUGGCGGGAGAGUGGAGCUGUGACCGCAGCAGGCGGCACGGUUAGUGAAGCCUUUGAGCUGGGAAUGGGAGAGGCGGCAGGGGUGGCAGGAGCGCCAGGGCAUGCGCCGGCCGGAGCAUCGGCGGCAGCGGGUGUGAUGGCUUCCGCUCGCGACGCGGAUGCAAGCUGUAGCACAAGGGUGGACAGCAGCUGUAGCACGGUGGGCGGUGCUGAUGAACGGCGCGGCGGCCCGGCGUGGGAGGUGCGCCAAGCCAGCCAGGCGCGGCAGGAGCAGCUCGUGAGCGAGGUGUCAUCGUGGCUGCGAGUCGCCCUUGCACGCAAGCUCGCCGGCGGCGCAGGACCAGGCAGCAGCGGUGGCGCCGGCAGCUUCAGCGCCGCCGGCGGCGCCAGCAGCCGGACCGGCAGCAUCACCAUCGGUCACGAGGAUGGCGGUGCCGCAGCUGGCAUGUUGGGUGGUCGGGAGAGAGUAACGGAGACGAAGUUUCAACGCAUUAGCGAUGUUGACGAUGACACGAUGGAGAGCGAGGCGGCCAGUGAGGCGUCGCACGACUAGGGUUCCAUCUCCGACAUGUUUUUUGACAGCGAUGCGCAGGUUAUUUUAUUUGCAUGGACUGAACCUAAUUUUCAAUCUGACUCUUGAUCUCCUGCGGAUUGAACUCAAUAUGCACCUGCUGAAGCACGAGAGGUGCGGCAUGGUGCACCCCUGAGAUACAGCCAGUUCUUGUGACACGUGUGGUGGCGGCUUGGUGCACACACGAUUUGUGCUUUACCUGGAACUACGGUAGUGCCGAAAUGGCAACAUGAUUGAACUUGACCAGCGCUGGGCGUUCCUGCUCACAGCUGACGAAACGCCUUUGAUAUGGAAUGGUAUACUAUAGUCUGAAAUCCAGGCGGGUCCGCAAAGGACCUGAAGAUUUUUUUGUUGUCUUUAUCUGUCUGGUGGAGUUUUCUUGUGCCUGCGUCGACAAAAAGUGCCACGUAUUAUUAAUUGCUAGUAGCGGUCCGCGGUGGGGCUGGCAGGGCAUGCGUAGCGUCAUGACAAGUAGUGCGGCUGUUGACAACUGUGCUGCGUCUGGCUGCGGUUGGCUCUGCUGUGGCAUCGCGAUUGCUAGGCACCUGGUUUGGCUAUGUGCCUGUGGAAACCGACCCCGGCUAUGUCCGGGCGAUGAGGUUGUUCGGCCUCAGACUGUGGAGGGGCUCAGCCCCUUUUCCCGUGACCGGGGAACACUUGUCUUGUGCCGUGAACCAUGAGUUGCAGUAUUGUACGCGCAGGGAUGCGUGUGGCUGGUAGUGCAAAACUUGCAUGCAGGGCGGUGCACAACCGCCUGCCCGACUUCCGCCGAAUCUGGCCAUACUGGCACAAACCGCGAGCGCCACGUAUUAUUAAUUGCUAUUCCCUAUUGUAGAAAAAUAGGCGGCAGGGAAAACUCGGCCGGAGUGAGAAGCGACCUCGCGAGUCCAUGGACAUCUUGACUUUCUUCAGUCCGCGAGUAUAGCUCUCGGGCCCUGAAUAUCUUACAUCCAUGUAUCAAAACAUGUCGACGA